CUGCUUAAAAAUCGAUUUUUUUUUCUCUGAAAUUGUCUCUUUUUUGUAAUAAUUACAGCCAAACUGAGAAUCCUGACGGUAAAGAACACCUCUUACAGUCUAGUGUAAUUGUAAAUUUAAGGUUGGCGGCUUAGAUAUUAGUGUAAAAUUUUAAAUAAACGUAUUUAGCUAGCCUAGCAGUUAGCCGACUUAGCAUUAGCUGCCGCUAGCUUCUUGGUAGCGUUAGCUUGUUUUAGCUACUUGUUAAACUUUUUGUUGGAUCAAGGAGGUACAAGGAGGAUGAGUGGAGGCAUCCAGCAGUCGCUGUUUUUCCUCGGACUUCCAGAUCUGAAGAAGUUGGUCUGUGUCACUCUGAGUCUUCAGGAUGAGGACGAGGAGCCGAGGAGCAAACAGAUCAAGACCUGCAGGGAGCUGCUGCUGCUGUUCUCUGAGGUUCUGGCUUCUCCAGCUCUGGACUCCUUCACCGACAUCACAGUGGUCAUGGCUAUUUCUUUUUUCCAGAGAGGAAUCCUCCAGAUGUUUGGAAUCAGACACAGACUGCAGCUGGGCUCUCCGCAGUGUGUGUCUCCAGGUGUCCUCCAGUGUUGUGUGUCCUUCUCUCUGGUCACCAGGUUGUCUCCCAGCUGGAACAAAGCAGGACGCUACCUGAUCUCAGGAAAAGACUUCCUGACUGAAGGAGGGAGGCUCAACGCUGUCAGUCUGGAGCUGAGCACCAGCGAGGGUCAGCUGUGCAUCAGUGUUGAAGCUAAUGCUGUCCGACUGCCUCUGACUACACUGGAGGACUUCGACCUGCCCCCGCUGGUCCUGAGGAGGUUCUGCAGCGAUCCGGACUCCGUCCUCGACCCCACUUCCACCGGAGGAGCCCUGUGGUGUCACGUCCUGCCCAGCAUGAAGAAAGGUGAGAUCAUCAGCAUCAGCCGCCAGCUGCCCAGAGAUGGACCGUUCAGCAGCUACAGGGAGCUGCAGAACCACUGGAACCGCCUGUAUGGUUACAGACUCCCGGAGCUGCCGGAGCAGGAGGUGGUUUACUGCAGCAUCUACUUCAGGCUGGUGGGACAGAAACUCUUCACAUACCCUCUGAGCUGCAUCCGCCUGCAGCCGGUGCAGCGCUGCCCUGGGCUCGACCUGCAGGGGGCGCUGGCCUCCUUUCAGACCGACAUCAGGGCUCGACUGCUGACUGUGUGCGGCUUCCCAGCAAGACUGAGCAGCAAACCCUGUUUCCACACAGUCGGCCUGAAGACGGCGGCAUCUCUGCAGGUGUUGGACGUUGGGCAGAUCAACCUCUCCACCUCCACCAGGCCGGUCCUCUCCCAGCUCCCUGCUCCUCCUCCUGCCCAGCCCAGGAGGCCCUCCUUUGGAUCGCAGCCGCCGGCCUGGACCCCCGUCUCCCAGCAGGGCGGAGCUGUGCGUCAUGGAAGUGGAUUUCAGAGCAGAGCGACGCAGGCUUUCCUGCCGCUCUUCCAGCCAGCUUCAUCCCUCACCUCCUCCUCCUCCUCCUCGGGUCUCCCUCCUCCUCCUCCUCCCCCAGUAAACCCUCCUCCCAAACUGGUUCCCAUCUUCAGGAACAAAACUCCAUCGUGUCACGUCAAUGUGGCCCUGCUGAGGCUCCAGGAGCAGAGGGAGCAGCUGAGCAGAGCAGCACCGAGGGUGACGCUACCGGCCGUCGGUAAGAAGACUCCCACCGCUCCUCCCCUUCCUCCUUCGUCCCUCCCGGUUCGUCCUCCACCAACCGUCCCAAACUUCAGCCGUCAGCCCAAAGUCAAACGCAUCUCCAGCCUCAGUGCUGCUUCGAGGCCCAAACCGAGCCUCAUCGUCGCUCUGAAGGCGGACGUCAAGAUCAAACCCGAGUCUGGCUCCAGAACCAGCCAGCAGGUUGCCAAGGAAACGCAGGAAAAAGCAAAGGAACGACAACCAGCAACUCAACCUGUGACAUCUGCUGACUCUACCCAAAUUACCAGAAGGACCGAAACGACUGCAAAACAGAAAGUCACUUUUGACGUCAAACCCAAGAAAUCCAGAUCUGCAGCACGAGACGUGGAGAAAAUGGCCCGAAGCAACCAGCUGUCCAGGCUGAACUGUGCCACUCUGCUGCUCUGGUUGAAGGAGAGACGAGUUUCUGUCGGAGCCAAAUACAAGAAGGAGGACCUGAUGCUGAAGGUUAUGAGCUUCCUCGCCGAGGCCUAACUCACACUAACACACUAAAACACACACUAAAACACACACUAAACACAUACUAACACACAUUAACAUACUAAAACACACUAAACACACGCUAACACACUCUAACACACCCUAAUCUGUCUGUUUAUCUCCUCUAACUGAGCAGUUUCUCCAGAGUUAAUUCUGGCGUCAGAUAAAGUCCAGCAGAGACUCAGAGAACCACAAAGUGAAAUCUGAGCUGAUGGAGGUUUUUUCUGGUUCACUGAUGUCGCCUUGGUUCCAUUUUUCUGGGUUGUGAAGUUUCAGACUGUUCAUUAGUUUGUUCAAAGUGUGAUUUCUCUUUCUCUUUAACGUCUCCUGAUGUUUCUACGGCGACAGGUUCAAGGUUCUGCUGUAGAAAUGAGUUUUAUUCCUCUGAAGUUUUAAAUUAUUCCACGUUAAACAGUCGGUAAAAUAUGUGUUGUUCAAAAAAUGUUAAUGUUUUUUGUUCAGGAAUGUGCAGUUCUAUUUAUUUACUGUAAAGAUAAUUUAAAAAAUAACUGAUUGAUUAAAAGCUAAAAUGUGCAGCUAGAUGGUUUAAUAAGUCUUCAGUUGUUUGUGUGUCUUACGUCUGCAGGGCUAACCAGAGGUGAUCGAUCACCUCAGAAGAUGAACCUCGAUCACCACUGAGGAGAUCAGUGGUUCAUCCUCAUUUUAUUCACAGGAAUUAGGCUAAUCUCGC